AUGAGCACCUCGAGGGAGGAGUCUCCAGAUUGGCUGCGCUCUUUCCAGGUACCAUCAACUCAUUCAACGGUGUCAUUAUCGUCAGAUUCCGAGUCUUCACUGAAUGGUGUUCCUUCAGGGGAGGAUCAAUCUGAUUGCCAAGUACUGUCUCCACCUAAAUCUUCUAAAAUUCCCGAUGAAGAUGAGAGUUUAGAUAAAACUCUUACGAAAUCUGUUGCAGAGUCUCCAUCAAAAAGGAGAUUAAAAAGCAACUCUCCGAAGCAAGGGAAAAACGUAGAAGAUCAAAUAUCCCCGAAAAAGAAGAAACUAGACAAACCCAAGGAAGAAGGAAAUUGUGGUGAUGUGGAAGUUGCAGAGGAAGAAGCAUCCGACAAGCCUGUUGAGCCUCAUGUAUCCUCGAAGUUGCCUUUGGUGGUCUCUGAAAAAGUCCAACGUUCAAAGGCACUUGUUGAGUGUGAAGGAAAUUCAAUAGAUUUGAGCGGUGAUAUGGGUGCUGUAGGACGGGUAAUAAUUUCAGAUUCUAAAUCUGCAAAUCGGGAAAUGUACCUUGAUUUGAAAGGUACCGUAUACAAAACAACAAUAGUUCCUUCCAGGACAUUUUGUGUUGUUAGCUUUGGUCAAUCAGAGGCAAAGAUUGAAGCUAUCAUGAAUGACUUUAUUCAGCUGAAACCACAAUCAAAUGUUUAUGAAGCUGAAACAAUGGUUGAAGGAACCCUAGAUGGUUUCUCAUUUGAUUCGGAAGAUGAAACUGACAAACUUCCUAAAGCCAUUCCGCAUCAAACUAAUCAAAACGAGGAGGAUGUUGAAGAACAAACUAAGGGGAAAACCAAGGGGAGAGCUGAGAAAGCAUCGACUGUUGUAAGGAAGAGGGGUAAAACUGCUGGAGGGAAGCCACAGCCAACGAAGAAAGCAAGAAAGAAAACUCAAGUUUCCAAGAAAGCCAAGAGCAAAAAAUGA